ACCACAACCACAGAAUGAACGCGCGCGCGUGCUCGUGAAGGCGACGUCACGUGGCGCGUCACGCCUCGAACGUCGUCACCGGAACGGAUCUCACAUCAACUCCAUAUUACCUCUCUCACUCUCACACACACACGGCCGCCUUUGUCUCUCCUCUUCCCCAUCAUCAUCCACCGCCGCCGCCACAACAACAACCACAACAACCACCACCACCUCCCACAGUCAUCGUUGUGUUUUUUUAAAAUUUCCCUCGCGUCGUCGCUGCCGGGAGACGCGGGGAGACCCGGGGUCCGGCCGGGGCGUCUAUGGCGGCCGGGGAGCCCUCGCUGCGGGCGGCAGGCGACGAGCGCGCGGCGUUAGCGCGGUGCGCGAGGAUUCGGUAGGAGCUGCGCCGAUCGCUGGGCCCGCACGCCGACGGGCGCCGUCAGGAUGAACGCGGAGGAGAUGGAGCUGCUCAACGACCCCAAGUACCGCAGCUACGCGGCCACACUCGACAAGGCGCUCAAGAGCUUCGAGUACAGCAGCGAGUGGGCCGACCUCAUCUCCGCGCUGGGAAAGCUCAACAAGGUGCUGCAGGGCAGCAGCAAGUACCCGGUUCUGCCGCGGAAGCUGACCAUCGGCAAGCGGCUGGCGCAGUGCCUGCACCCGGCGCUGCCCAGCGGUGUGCACCUCAAGGCGCUGGAGACGUACGAGAUUAUCUUCCGCAUCAUCGGCAGCAAGCGCCUGGCGCGCGACCUCUUCCUCUACAGUGCGGGCCUCUUUCCGCUGCUGGCAAAUGCGGCAAUGUCGGUGAAGCCGGCACUGCUGCAGCUCUACGAGACUUACUACGUGCCCCUCGGCAAGACGCUGAAGCCUGGCCUGCAGGGCCUCGUCACCGCCAUCCUGCCCGGGCUGGAGGAGGGCUCCGAGUACUAUGACCGGAGUAACUGCUUGCUGGAGAAGACAUCGCUGGCGGUGGAGCCGUGUGUGUUCUUCAGCGCGCUCUGGGGCAGCGUGCUCACCAGCCCCGCGGUGCGGCUGCCCGCCGUCACCUACACGCUCACCCACCUCAACCGCAAGCUCUCCAUGGAGGACCAGCUCCAUGUCAUUGGCACCGACGUCGAUCUCAUGGUGGAGGCGGUGUGCGCGUGCGUGCAGGACUCUAGCGUGCUGGUGCAGAGGAGCACCCUGGACCUCCUGCUCUUCUGCUUCCCCUUCCACCACAGCCAGGUCACCAAGCUGGACACUGUGCGCCUGCUGUCGGCCGUGCUGCACGUUGUGCUGCGGCGUGACAUGUCCCUCAACCGCCGCCUCUACGCCUGGCUCCUGGGGUUCGACAAUAAUGGCACUGCGUUGGGGCCCCGUAUGGCGCGCGACGAGUCGCGUGAGGAGCACGGGGCGCGCUACUUCAGCACCUACUCCCGCGAGCUGCUUGUGCAGGCCAUGGUCGGGAUCCUGAAGGGCCGCGGCGGGGGCGGCUGCGGGGAGGAGGGCGGCUCCGUCUCCCCGGACCUGAGGCCGUUCCGCAUCCUCCUGAGUCUCCUGGACAAACCUGAGAUCGGCCCGGCGAUCCUGGAGGAGGUGCUGGUGGAGGUGUUCCGUGCGCUGCACGGGCAGUGCGAGAUGGAGCUGGGCACCGGGAUCCAGCCGCUCUUCAGCAAGGACCGUAGCCAGCUCAGCAGCAAGAUGAGGGAGAACAAGCAGACGGCCGAGGUGGUGAAGACGGCCAACCUCCUCUUCAACUCGUUCGAGCCCUACUACCUGUGGGACUACCUGGCGCGCCUCUUCCAGAGCUGCUGCAGGCGGUCCCGGCGCGGGGUGAGGAGGGCGCGGAGGCCGAGCGGCAUGAGCGAGCAGGAGUUGACCGUGUGCGAGCUGUGCGUCCUGGCCGACUUCCUGCUCGACGUCGUCUCUCUGGAGUCGUACAUCGAGAUCCAGACGGAGCACCUCCCGCGCCUGCUGCGCCGCCUCAUCGGCUGCCUGACGCGCCACCUGGCGUCGCUCUCUCUCACCGAGCUCACCGACUCGCUGCGCCUCUGCUCCAAGAUCCUGAGCCGCGUGCAGCCGCCGCUGGUCCCCGUGGCGACCGCCGCGAUGCCGGUCGGCCCCGGCGACGAUCUCCGUGCGACGGUUGGCGCGGCGACGGCCGAGCGGGUGGAGCCGUCGGAGGAGGAGGAGGUGUCCAGGGGAGUGGGCGGCGACUCGGGCCCAGCGCCCGCCGCAGGGCCCGCCCCGGCGAGAGGGCCCGGCGAGAGCAGCUUCACAGAGUUCGUGCAGUACAGCGGCGGCAGGGGCGAGCAUCCCGGCGCCGGCACGGGCUCGCGGGAACAGCAGGAGGGCGGCGCCCGGGAAUCGCCGAAGGAAUUGCGCGGCUGCUCCGACGGCGCCGGCUCCGGUUCGGAGCGCUCGCGAUCGUCCUCCGAGUCUCCGCCGCCGCCGGCACGCCGGCGCCCCGGAGACCCGGCCCGCCACGACGGCGCCCUGGCCGGGACGGGGGAUGCCGACCCGGACGAAGACGAGGAGGAGGAGGAGGAGGAAGAGGAGGAGGUGGACGACGGGGGCGAGGAGGUGUACAAGGACAGCGAUGACGACGAGGGCGACGAGGGCGAGCGGCGCCAGCAGCAGCGCAAGACGACGAUGCAGCGAUGCUGCGAGCGCUUCCAGCAGUUCCUGACGCUCUUCUCGCGUCGCUACGUCCUGCGCAGCGACGGCGCCCCCGCGCAGUUCGUGCGCGACAUCUCGCUGGGGGGGGCGCUGAGCGGCGCCGGCGCCCUGGCGGUGCGGGGCAAGCGCCGCGGACGGACGGCGGACGGGGAGGCGGAAGGCGGGGGGGAGGACGACGGGGCGGGCGACGGCACCGCCGCCGCGGACGGCUUCUCGGAGGGCCACCUGGCGGCGCUGGCGGCGGCGUGCCAGCUGCUGCUCGAGUGCUCCAGCUUCCCCGUGUACGUGGCCGAGGGCAGCCCGGCCUCUCCGCACCGAGCGCUGCCCGCCGGCACAGACGACACCGCGGGCGUCCUCCCCGAGUGGCUGCAGACCCUCCUGGCCUGCUGCUGCUACGGCUGCGGCUUUGACGCAGGCCUGAGCGGCAGCGAGGCGUUCCCCGUGCGCGGCACGGCCAUCGCCUGCUUCCUGGACCUGCUGCACCUGGCGCGCUCCGUCUCCGCGGUGGCGGUCUCCUCCUCGCCGCAGCAGCAGCUGCAGCAGCAGGCGACGAUGGCGUACCCGAGCCCGGCGAGCCCCGGACGCGUCGCCGUGGUGAUCGUGCCGCCGCUCACCGACGCUCACCUACGCUACCUGGCGGAGAAGACUCGCUUCUUUCAGAUGGUGGCGGCGAUCCUGUGGGCCCAGCUGGGCGAGGGCGGAGGGGGGCGGCACCACCGGCGCUGCGUGGAGCUGCUGCAGCAGCUGCACGGGCUGGCGCCCGGCCCCUCGGUGUGCGAAGACGUGGUGUCCCGCGACCUCGCGUCCCGCGUGCCGGCGACGCGCGUGGAGGCGUACAGGAAGUUCGCUCUGCUCUGGCACCUGACGCGCGACCUCCAGCAGAGCAAGAACUGGGCCUUCACGCGCACCUUCGACAGGUCGCUGCUGCUCAUGCUGGACUCGCUGCGCUGCGUGGAGUCGGAUGGGCAGUGCGCCGCCGUGUGCCACGAGUGGCUGACGCACGCCGUGCAGCGCCACGACGUGCCGCGCCUGCUCGAGCCGCCGCUGCUGCUGCUGCUGCACCCCAAGACGCAGCGCGUGUCGCUGGCGGCCGUCGCCUUACGGCAGUCCGGCGCCGGGACCGGCUCCCGCGCCCUCUCGCUGCGCCAGCUCGGCGCCGAGCCGCGCGCCGGCGAGCUGCUGGAAACCGGCGCCGACGGAGCUGGGGAGAUGGCGCUGCGAGACCCGGGGAUGCGGGGAAAUGGCGGGAGCUGCGUGGUGGAAGGGGCCUUCCUGGCCGGUGAGGCCGGCGCCCGGGAGGUGACUGGAGUGAGCGUAUGCGUGCGCGCGUCCGGCGAGCACGCCGGCUACUACGUGACGGAGCGGGUGGCGCGGGGGGGGUCCAGCGUGGCCCACGGCGGGCCCCGCGUCCCCGUGGGCCUCACCGUGAACCCGCUGGGCGCCGACUCGGAGAGCCCCCUCUCCUCCUCCCCGCCCAGCACCAGCCGCGCCAAGGAGGGGCCCGGCACGGCGGGCGACGAGGACGACGACGGCGGUGACGACGACGACACGGGCUCGACGCACGGCGUCUCAACGAGGUCGCGCUCCGACAGCGGGGUCAGCGACCGCACGGGCGACUCGAGCCUUGCCGACGAGGAGGUGGACGAGGCGGACGAGGCGGAUGAAGAUGAGGAGGAGGAGGAGGGUAGGGUGGCCUGCCGGGACAUCGAUCCGGAGGUGUGCCGGCUACUGGAGGAUGUGGUGGAGGCCAUCGCGAGACUGGAGGGUGGAGGGGAAGCGGAGGACCGGCGAGCGGAGACGGGAGACGCGGUCGAUGGCGGUGUGGUGACGGCGCCGUGCGGCACCGUGCUACCGCGGCCCAGCUCCUUCCCGCUGCUGGCGCCGGGCGUCGAGUCCGGCGCCCCGCGCAGCCGCAGCAGCAGCACACUGGACCAAGGUGGCGGUGGGGCGCGACCCAAAGUCCGGCACGGAGCGGCGCGGGGGGUCUCGGCCGCGGCGGUACCGGUGGCGCCGGCCGUCCGGGACCUGCCGAUGCGGCUGCCGCCGGCGUACCUGGGCGAGGCCGGUGGGCUGGAGGCGUGGUACGGCGCCAGGGAGGGGGACGGCACCAACAGGGACUCGUCGUCCGAGGAGGAGGAGGGGGACAGCGACUCGUGCUCGCCGCGCAGGAAUACCCGGAGGAUGGGAGGAGGUAACCAUGGCAAUGCGGCUGCCCCUUCCUCGUCUUUGGGGGUGACGGAGAGAAGCGUGGCCACCGUGCACCCCCUCUACCAGCACGUGCUGCUCUAUCUGCAGGUGUACGACACGGGCCGCGUGCUGCAUGCGCUGGCGGUGCUCGGCUCGGUGCUGCGCUCCAUCCCGGCCGCUUUCGUCAGCGCCCUCGCCACCACGGGCGUCAGCGGCGCCCGCACCCCGCGCCUUGUGCUGCUGCAGAACCUGCUGGCGCGCCACCGUGCCUCCUUCACCGGCGGAGACUUCUACGCCAGCUCCCACGGCCCGGGCGUGGUGGCGUCAGCGGAGGGCGGAGGGGCGCAGGCGGGCGGCUUCCGUAACGCCAUGUACCUGGAGGUGGUGCUGUCGCUGGGGCUCGCGUUCCUGCGCUCGUACUACCCGCACCACGUGCGCGCGUCGCCGCGCCAGCUCUCCGAGAACCGCCACGUGCAGCUCGCCAGCGCCGAGGUGCUGACGCUCCUGGUGUCGGCGCUGGCGCGGCUCGUGGACUCGGGCUGCACCGGCGCCGGAGGUACGGGUUCCGCCUCGAGCUCCGGCCCGGGCUUUGCGAGCUUCCUGCUGGACCUGCUGGCACGUUGCAAGGCGCAGAAGGUGGUGCUGCACUGCCUGGUGGCCGGAGUGGCGGGGGCGCACGCCAGGGCACAAGUGCACGUGCUCUCCGUGCGCAACGACCCGGCCGCUGAAGAGGGCCUCUCCGUGGAGGGAAAAGUGAACUUUUUUGAGGACGGAGAGGAAGAGGAGGAGGAGCCGGGGGAGGGGAGUGCCCGCGCCAGCGGAGAGGGAACAAGCGGGGCCCUGCAGGCCCAGCUGCUGCGCCUGCUGCAGGCCCUCAUGGUGCUGGAGCACAAGGUGCUGGCCUGCACGGAAGACCCGGAGGGCGGAUUCACCGAACUAGUGGCAGCGGAGCCAGAAAACCCCCCCUCCAACCACCACCAGCAGCAGCACCAGCAGGAGCACCAGCAGCACCAGCAAGAGCAGGCCGUGGGCCCGGCAGCGCCCACCUCCCUGCGCUUCGUGUCGAGCCGCCCCCUGGCGGAGCAGGAGAUGCUGGGCUGGGCGGUGACGCGGGCGCUGCUGGUGUCGGCGCCGCCUGGCCGCGCCAGCUGCGCCGCUCACCCGCGCUGGGUGGGCGCCGUCACGGCGUCGCUGCCCUACCUGGGCCGCGCGCUGGCCCGGCUCGCCGUGGCCGUCGUCGCUCAGGUGUGCCGCAACCUGGACGCGGCGGCGCAGCAGCACGCCUGGGAGAGCGCGCUCGCGGCCGACCGGCCGGAAGUGCUGCUGGAGAGUGUGCCGCCCGACUACGUGCUGUGCCUGCUGGAGGGGCUCACCACCGUGGUGCACUACUGCCUGCUGGACAGCUCCACCACGCACAUCCACUCGCCGAGCUCCGCUAGCCGUGCCGAGGCCCGCGCCGCCAUGCUGUGCGUGCUGCCCUGCGUCCUCUCCACGGCUGCCCUGCUCUGGAGCCUGCUGGGCAAGGCCGAGGGGCAGCGGGUAGAGGUCGUGGCCGGGGUCACGGGAGGAGCGGCCGCCCCCUCCUCGGUUGGGCUGGGCUCCACCAAGAUCCUGCGCCAGAAAGUGCUGGACCUGCUGAGCCCCCUGAGCCUGCAGCACGGCGUCGCCUUCAUGGCCGCGGUGGCGCGCGUGUGGAACGAGCGCACGAGGGGGCGGCCCGCGGCCUCCCGCAGCCGGGUGUGUGCCGCCGAGGUCGACGAUCGACCCCGCUCGUCAGGCGCGGACAACCGCGCGCAACCUCGCUCGACCACAGUUCUGGCGGCCGCCAAUGUGGACCAGCAGCUGCUGGUGGACCUGAUUCGCGGCAUCAGCAGCAUGCGCACCGACAGCGUGGUGGGCACCGUCAAGGAGGUGGUGCGGCAGCCCCCGAGCGGGCCGGCCCCCUCGCCCAAGGAGCAGAAGAGCGUGCCGCUGGAGGUGAGCGUGCUGCAGUUCUUCUUCGCCUACGUGCAGAGGAUAGCGGUGUCUCAGUUUGUGGACAGCUGGCCCUCAUUGCUGUCACUGCUCAAAGAAUGUUCCGCUCUCAACCUUCCUCCCCCCGGUCACUUCCUGCUGCUGGGAAUCCUCAACGAGUUUGUGAUGAAGAUGCCCCCCAUGGAGAGCAAGAAGGAUCUGCGAGACCUCCAGGAUGUGACGCAGCGGCUGGUGGAGGCAGUCACGCACGUGGCCGGCUCCUCGCUGGAGCAGACCACGUGGUUGCGGCGCAACCUCGAGGUGAAGGCCGGACCCCAGGUCACGGUGGACGCUGCGGGACUGCAGGCCGACGCCGACGACGCGCUGCUAUUGUCUCCGGUGGCCGAGGUGGUGUCGCAGCCGCCCUCCGUCUUCAGCGUCCACGCCCUCACCCUGCUGGCCGAGGUGUUGGCGCAUCUCCUGGACAUGGUUUUCCGCAGCGACGAGAAGGAGAAGGUGGUGCCACUGCUCAUCAACAUCAUGUACUAUGUCGUGCCCUACCUCAAGAACCACAGUGCCCACAACGCGCCGAGCUUCCGCGCGUGCGUGCAGCUGCUGAGCAGCCUGAGCGGGUACCAGUACACGCGGCGCGCCUGGAAGAAGGAGGCGCUCGACCUCUUCAUGGAGUCCACCUUCUUCCAGAUGGACGCCAGCUGCGUCCCCCAGUGGCGCUCCAUCAUCGACCACCUGAUGACCCACGACAAGACCACCUUCCGUGACCUCAUGACGCGCGUGACGGUGGCGCAGAGCAGCUCCCUGAACCUGUUUGGGAACCGCGAGGCGGAGCUGGAGCAGCGUGUGAUGCUGCUCAAGCGGCUCGCCUUCUCCGUCUUCUCCAGUGAGGUCGACCAGUACCACAAGUUCCUGCCCGACAUCCAGGAGCGGCUGGUGGAGAGCCUGCGGCUGCCCCAGGUGCCCACGCUGCACGCCCAGGUGUUCCUCUUCUUCCGUGUGCUGCUGCUGCGCGUGUCGCACCAGCACCUCACCGCGCUGUGGCCUGCCAUGAUCACCGAGCUGGUGCAGGUGUUCAUGCAGAUGGAACAAGAGCUCAUGGCGGAAGAUGACAUCACCAGGAGCGCCAGUCCGUCCAUCACGGGGCUGGAGACAACGUACGUCGGGGGGAACGGCUUCUCGUCAUCCUACAGCCAGCAGCGGUGGCUCGCGCUCUACCUCUCCGCCUGCAAGUUCCUGGACCUCGCGCUAGCGCUGCCCUCCGCCCACCUCCCGCAGUUCCAGCUGUACCGCUGGGCGUUCAUCCCGGAGACGUGCGACGACUCCGGGCUUGAGGUCCGUCGCCAAGGCAACCACCAACGCGAGUUCCGUCCAUACGUGGUGCGGCUCACAAAGCUCCUGCGCAAGAAGUGCAAGAAGAGCUCGGAGGAGGAGGGGGGCGGCUCGCCGCGCAUGAUCCCGUGCGAGGCCGGCCAGCCACUGCUCACCGUGGCGUCGCUGCGCACCAUCGACCAGCUGCUGCCCUUCUUCAGCACACUCAGCCACUUCUUCUGCAACAAGCCCAUGGUGGGGGCAGCGCAGGCCUUCCUGUGCGACCCGGGACGCCCCCCGGGAUCUGGCGGCUCCGGCUCCCUGGCGUCAUCAUCGUCCUCGGCGCUGGAGCACGCGGGGAGCGGGGAGAGUGGCGCGGGCGCCGAAGCGCAGUGGAGCCGCGCCCGCCGCCGCGUCGAGGAGACGGUGGGGCGCGACUUCCUGGAGACGCUCAAUAAAGGCUAAAGCCGGGGGUUGCCGCCUCCGAGGUGCAACAGGAACGGGACAACUGAGAAUAUCUCGCGGCACCGGCCGCCUUCCCCGCUCGUCCGCGGUUCCACCUCGUGCUUCCGAGUCAUUCCGUGUCUACGAGGGUGCGGAGCAAAUGCUGUGCGGCGGUGGGGCGCGUGUUACGAGUUGAAAUUAUGAUGAUUUUUGUCGUUGUACUAAGAGGCUGGGAGAGCUGCGUGCGAACGCAUCGUCUCCAGUGGCGCGUUGCGGUAAUUUUUUGCACAGCCGAUGAAGAAACCCGCCCGCGACGAUGAGCUUUUAAUGUACCCGGAAUAAUUUGCAGAUUUCCAGCGACAGCUUCUUUAACAAGAGGACAAUCCUGGGAAGAGCAGGAUGGGUUGCUACCCCCUGCCAAGCUAGCUUCCUCCCAAUGAGGCUCGCCCAGGGAUAGCGCUCCGGGCCAGAUCCUAGGCGAACUCCGAUUGCUCGCAACCAAGGCGAGCUCUCACCGGGGCCAGUGGCCGUGAGCCAUCUGCGCAGGCCAGCGUCCCCUGCCCCUCCCCGCACCCCUCCAUCACUUGGCAUUUGCAUUGAAACUCCCAAGUGACCAAAUGUGUAAUAUAUUAUUUCUUCUGAAGCGUUGAUUCUCUCUGUGCUGGAAGGGUCUGACCAGCACGGAGAUUAUUUAGGUAACGUGCCUCUUGGUUAGGCCUGAAGUGUACGCGCUGGGGCCAUUCGAACAAGUCGGCUGUUUCUCCAAGCCCUGAACAGCCUGAAUGCCCACAAGGCGCGCUAUAGCACUGCUGGAUCCAGGCUCGCCGAUGCUUUGUCGGGUCGUGUGCGAUUAUCCCACGUUUCGCUGUACGCGCCGGGAAGCUUCCUUUUCGGUUGCUGCAAAAAGCUCCCAGCACGCGGAGCGAAACGUCAGACGUCGCACCGAAGAAUCGAAUGGCAUGACCCGGCGAAAAUGCAUCUGGGAGCUGUACGGCACAACCGCAGUCGUGGCUCACGCGUCGAUGCACUUUAAGCCAUGCAGGGAAGCUAGACGUAGAGGUGCAUAGGCGGUUUUCAGUGGAAGCCACGUGCUGGCGGUAGUAUUGCCGCGAGCAAGCAAGGGGUGCGGCUGGUGAGCGCGGUGCCCCGGGGCCGUGUAGGAAGUGUGCGUAGAAUUUGUGUAUUUGGCGUAGGAAUUGCACGCUGUCUGAAAUUGGCCAGGAGCGACACAAGCAAGGGACCGUCGCUACGGCCCUCGUCCCUCCCUCCGGAAUCUUCGCCCCUCCACCCCCUCCCGGCAUCGUACGCAGGGUGACGGUCCGCACGCUAAACCCUUCCUUGGGGUUUCUGUUACCCGCGUCGAAGUCCCACGAUGUUGUUUUAGCCGAUGGAACACUCGCGAUGGGACUGCUCGCGCAUGUGACACGUUUUUGUUUCUGUAAAAACUAAAAUCCACGGAUUCGCUCUCGUCGGAAAGUGGGGUUCUGCGUCGGCCGCUCCACUGUGAAGUCACGCGUCACUGGCGGCGGUGGCGGCGGUGGCGGUGCUGCUACAGGGUGGGAACACGUGCAGCGGCAGCAGCAGGUGGUGCAGCAGCUGGUGGUGCAACUGGCGUAGCCGCCACCAGCAGCAGUAGCUACCGCCGCUCGCGUGAAUCUUACCCACGCUGUGCAACCAGGAUUUUCGUCUGGGGGGUUGAGGACAACUUAACCAAAACGUAUUUAUGUCGUUGAGUCUGUAUAGGAGACUCGGGAUUGGUCGAGCCAAGUUGCUGGCAAGUGGUGGAGCUUGCUGAAAAAUAAUAUAUUUAGAGAGACAUUUGCCACACAGAUCCAACACUUGCAAGUUUAUUUGUUUAACCAGGUAUGAAGUCAAGAUACCAGGACAGUUUAUUUUGCAAGAGUGACCAAGGGCUAAGCAACCUUCAUCUGAAUUAGAGCGCGUGUGGCCUUGGAUUGGGCGACUGGAGGUUGAAGCCUCCUUCCCAUGACAAUUCAGUGGCGACACUGGCUCACUGAAAUUGGCUCCUAAUAAAGGACAGUAUUUCUUUCCUAAGCUAAAUGUCAGCAUCCAAGUAUCCACGGCAUCUAUUGCCUUGCCACACUGAAGAGAAACCAAAGUCUUUCAGGCCCUCUUCCAAGUACAAACGGACAACUAUCCAAGCCCUCCAGAGUAGGACCCCUGUUUUUUAAUCUCUGCACAUGGCCUCUUACUGGGGGGGAUUUGAAGCUCCCCCACGUUUUAUGGGAGAAUAUCAUCGGAAGCGUCUCCACGAGAUAGAGCCCGUCUAGAGACUAGGUGGGUUUACUCUUUCACUCUGGACAGAUGUCUUGGAGGAGGAUGGAGUACUCGCACUGGUAGGCCCUCCGCAUGCGACUUGCUCGCUCGACUAACUGCGGUACACGUACCCAUUCAUAACCGCUGGGUGGACACAAGCGGGAGGGAUUUAAGAAACUUGCUUCGCCCCCAAAAAUGGCGACCUCUGAAUUGCAUGUCCAGUGUGCUUGACUGUUACACCGCGUCACCAUCUUUGAGGGCAUCACAACACCGAUGUGGCCUCGUGUCUGUGCGUCCUGGUAACCAGAGGGCCACCUGGAGACACCUUAAAACAUUCAUUGAAUUAACAAAAAUAAUAAACAUGUACAUCCCGUUUGUCAGUCUGCUGGUUGAAGGCCUCCCCAUAACUGCAGUCAUGGGGGUUGUUUGACCAUACUUCACCGUGCCGGUUGGUGGAAGGGGUGAGAGCCCAGGACUGGUUCCGAUAUCACACUCGCCACUGAUGUUGGCCGGUGGUCGGGAAUCGAACUCAGGUCGCAGGGUUUAUAGCGGAGUGCUUUAAUAAUCACUGCGCCACCACGCUUCAUACUUUUUAUUUCGAAAUAAGCCCUUUAUAUCUGGAAAAUGAUCCGUGAGUCGCUACUCUUUAUCUGGUGGAGGCGGGGGGGGGGGGGGGAGAAUUUGCUACAACUGGGAUGGAUGUCUGGCAUUUCCUCGUGUCCUUGCAUGUGGUAGGGAACUGGAGCGCCCGCGGUCGAAAACCCACACAUUUGAUGGCUCCGUGGUACCGUUCGCUACAAUAUCCGACGUUCGGCACCACGUCCCUAGGGGAGCGCAUUCAGUGAAACUGAAUUACCCGGCAUGUGGAGCGAAACAUUGGACGUCGUGCCAACCAACCACACGCGCGGCCACUACCCCAAGAAGCACGGCCGGGGGGGGGGGGCAGGACAAGCUGCACAGCACAAAGGCGAGAACACCCGCGCAGUGGGAGUGCUUCGGAGCGACUGAAAUAUACAUCUCAUCUCGCAUCCCUCCGCGGCGGUUGCGUAUCUCACGUCACACCGCAUUACACCUCCACGAACACCCCGAUUGGGCAAGUGUGUGUCCCCCGUACCACAGCUAGGCGCGCCGCCGCCACACCUUGUGCGACUUUUGAGACGUCUUGAUUUUUCUCAAGAUAAUCGUUGUGAAAGGGCGCGUGAUGACCGGCGCGUGCGCGCGCGUCAUUUUAUAACGUCGCGUAUUUCGAUGCAAUCUGUCUGCUCACUGGGUUUGCCGUUUUGGGGCUCUGCGUUGCUGUGGAGGCCCUGUGUCAUGUUUACCAAGGUUGGAACACUGCGAUUAUCGCCGAGUUGCAUUAGUAUACAAAUAAAGCCAGUUUUAAACACU